ACAAAACACACAAAUUCACACCCAUAUAUUUAUUACUCCUUAAUUAAGGUAAUAUCUAACCCUAAUUAAUUCCUGCUAACCUGCUCUUUAUUUUUAUUUUAUUCUAUGUUUUUAAAUUUUACUGCAUCGAUGAUGAAUGAUAUCUUCUUCUCUCCUUGUUAGUUUUUCCUCUACUGGUUUUCAUUCUCAGAUCUGGAAGUUCCUAAAUAUUUUUCACGAUGUUCCUUGAUUCUCUUCAACGUCUAAGUGAGUUUCAAUGGUCUUUAUACAAUCAAUCAAACAGACUCAUCGCGCAGGUGAUGAAGUACAAAAUCUUUCAGAGUUUUCCGGAGGCAGAGGCAAAUCCUUACCAACAUACACCGACCAAAGCAUUUUCCUUUACUUUUUCGAAGGAUACCCGUUUCAGUUUCCGGAAAGAAUAAAUUCACGGUCUUUAUUUUUCUAGUCAUAACUAUUACUCCCUCCGUUUCUAGAAAAGAGAUACUUUCACUUAUUCAGUUUGGCAUAUUUUUAGGCUAAAAUGAAAGUAUCUCUUUUUCAAAAACAGAAGGAGUAUUUUUUUUUUAUCUUUUUUAUUAUAGCUUUUUAUGCUUUUACCGGUAUGUAUUUGUUUGUCUUGUAGCCAUAAAUGGAGUGAGGAAAUUCCAAUCCACUAUUGCCGUACCUUUGUUGAAGCGUAUUCCGUCCUAGUAGUAUGUCCUACUUACUCCACCACCUUAGUUGAAGCGCAAGCUGCACAGCUAGAAAAACGAACUCACGGGACUUUCCGGAAUUAUAUAUGUAUGAUAACUAAUACCAAAAGAAUCUGCUAAUGUCAAUAUUUGGAUGAUCAAUGAUAGGGACUUCCGCUCUGUCUUCGUCUAUAUAUGAAGGGCCAACAAGGAGCAAUGUGGAAGAUGAUGCAAAUGGGAUUGUGGUAUCUAAAGGCAUGUUCUAUUCUUGUUGUAAGGAGGGACGACUCCUUUGGGUACAUUGUAUUAGUGCUACAGCACAAGCAUAGACCAGAUUUGCAGAUUCUAAUGCACGGAUGGCUUGCUACAACAUUCGUGGAAAUAGAUUGUUGCAUUAUUGGUUGUCCCCUCAAAGAGAGAGUUCUUACAAGAGUAAAGACUAUAAUCCUGCCUUGUUUGCGAUCGACAAAAUCCUAGAGACAAAAAAUGAUCUUGGAGAGGCGUUAUCAUUAAGGGGAUUACUUUUGAGUCUGUUGGGCCGAAAUUCGGAGGCGCUUGAAUUUGCCUCUCGUGGUACUGAGAGCAACAACCAAAGCAUUUUUUGCUGGAUAACUUACGGCCUCAUAUAUCAUUCUGACUUUGACUAUGAGAAGGCUAAAGAAUGCUUCCAAAAGGCUAUCUACCUUUCUAUGAAUUUGCUGGAUCUUCCAAAAAAUAUUCAGCUACUUCGCUACCUUUCUGUAAUACAGGCCCAAAUGCGGAAUUUACCGGAGUUUGUGGAGAGCAGAGCUCGGAUUUUGACCUUGCAGCCUGAAAAUGACCUCAAGGACCCCCACUUGCAUCACAUUGCAUCUGCAACCUCUCACCACCUCAACGCCGAUUAUUCAAAAGCAAUUGAGGUCCUGAAAGAAUAUGGAAAAUCGUUGGUUGAUGGUGACUAUUCUAAACAUGAUGAAGUCCUUUUGUACGAGCUAUUUUUACUGGAGGAAUCUGGCGAUCUUGCGGAGGCUCUGGCAUUGCUACAUGAUAAAGAGUCAAUUAUCGUUAAUGAUGUGGCUUUAAAGGAAAGAAAAGCUUCUUUGCUGGUCAAGCUUAAUAACCUUGAUGCUGCAAAUGAAAUAUAUAGGGAGCUUCUUUUACUGGAUCCUGAGAAUUCCAGUUAUCAUUCUGGAUUGCAAAAGUGUGUUGUGUCGUCAGAAAAUGGCCAGUAUUCAUCUGCUGAUGUUCAAGUACUAAAAGACUUGUACAAGUCUUUAGAGGAGCAGCAUAGUUCAUCCGUUUCUGUCAAGAGAAUACCCCUUGACUUUCUCCAAGGCGAUGAACUGGAAAACGCGACAGCCGUUUAUCUUAGGCAUCUUUUAGAUGAGAGAGUCCCUUUAUUGCUCUAUGACCUUUCCCCUUUUUAUGAGCGCCAGUACCCUGAUAAGAUAGACAUCAUUGGUCAAGUGAUUUUAGAGUUGGAAAGUUCGAUAAGAAAAAAAAGUGAACCCAUUCGAGCGCUGCUGUGGACUUUAUGUUUGUUAGCUCAGCAUUAUGACAGGCAUGGCCAGUAUGCGAUAGCUCUUGCUAAGGCUAUUCAGCAAAAUCCGGAGGUUGCACAGUUCUACUUUGUUAAGAAAAUUCAGCAUGCAGGUGCUCUAGAUGGUGGAGGGGAACAACAAGACUCUUCGCGCGACAUGUGGUACGAGCUUGCUUCUGGACAUAGUUACUUCCAACAAGGCGAUCUAGGGCAUGCGCUCAAAAACUAUCUUGCCGUAGUGAACUACUACGUGGAAAAGGUCGAACAUUACUUUGAUUAUCAUUUUGAUCAGUCAAGAAAAGUGGCUCCUCAUACAUAUGUAGAUACAUUAAGACAUCAAGAGCGGCUGGAUCCAGGCUCUUAUUUCCAUAAAGCGACUGAGGGAGUUGUCAGGUGCUAUUUAAAGUUGCAUGAUAAAACGUUAGAGUUGCUUCCCGUUGAGAAGAUGAUGCAGGGUGCUAGCACUAGCAGAGUCCCAGAUUCUGGGAAAAUGCAGGAUAACAACCUGCCUAGAAAGAAACCCCAAAAAUCCCAUGCCAAGGAUAUGAGUGGCAAAAACGGGAAGAAAACAAGAGCCUCCACAUCUGGAGGACAGCAACACUCCAAGCUUAUUGAUACUGAUCUUCUCGCUGUAAAGUUAUUGCAGGUGGAAAAACUGUUACUAGAAGCUGCAAGGUAUCUUAAUUUGCUUCAAAAGAGUUUCCCAGAUUCUUUCGGAACAUACUUCCUCUUGUUUGAGCUGCAUAUGAGAAAUCAAGAUAUCGUAGACGCCUACCAUGCAUUAAAUGAGCUUGUUAGAUUUGAUGAAAGUAACCCUGACACACUGCGCUGUUCUGUACGGUUUUAUGGCAGACUAGAUAGUAUGGUUCUAGAAGAAUCUGUUCGUUCCAAUUUGUCUGAUCCUUUAAGUACCCUACAUGAGGGAACUUUAAUCAAAUCAAUAAAGGAAUCCCUUGAGCGAAACAAAGAUUCUUUAAGCUAUGGAGUUGCAGUAGCAGAAAUGCUGUUUUUCUUACAGCCAUACAAGAAGUCCGAAAUCGCCAAGCUUCUUAACCAAAGAAUAAAAUUCGCACGAGAUAACAAGAACCUAUGGAAGCUCAAAGACUGUAUAGCAGUCCACAGACUGCUCAAAUCAGUACUGGGUGAUGCAGAAACAGCUUCAGAAUUUGCAAAAGAGUGUAGUCAGCUAUUCCCCUUUUCGCGUUACUUCUUAGCCACCAAACCUACUAAUGAUACUCCUGUAAAGAAUGAAGAACCCGAGGUAUGGGUUUUUGAUAGUGGUGGUGGACAUCAUUAUACGACAAAUGUUAAGCUUCUUGUUAAGAAUACGAAAUACCGCAAACCAGGAACUUUAAACGUUAGCAGCGGCAAUGAAGUGUCUUACAAAGAUGUUGGGCUUGUUCAUAUUGAGUGCGGGAUUUCCGGAAAUUUUUUUCUCAAAGAUGUGCCAGAUUAUUCUGCUCAUCGAAAGAUAGUGUCAAUUCCGAGGUUUACAGAAGAUAAUCCGUAUGCAGUUCAACUAUUUCAUGAUGGAUUUUUGUUAAGAGAUAAAAGUUUCAUUGGUCAAGUACCUCCAGAGUAUGUUCUAGUUACUGGUCAAAUAACGAAUAAGGGCUACAUGUUUAUGUCGGACUGGAAAUUAGAUUCAGGCACCAAUGAUCACUGCACAAGCAACGAAUUACUUCUGGAUAGUAGUGCUGAUGGUUGUGUUGGAAUAGUAGCUACAAGUGCGGAUGGCUCCAAGCGUACAGUCUCCAAGGUGGGAUCUCGCGAGUUAUUCUUUACAUCAGAAAAGGGCAUUUCUCGCACAUUUAUGUUAAAGAAAGUUUACGUGUUUGCUGUAAAAAGUAGAAGUGUGAUAUCAGUAUCAGCUUUCGCGAAAGACAAUCAAUGCUCCUUUCUUUUUACCUCUAAUGAGUACUACAUCCUUGAUGCCAAGGUCCAUAGGUUCUUAAAGCCUGAGUUAAUGCGAGGUUACGGUAUUGAGAGGAAAGGUCUAUAUUACUCAAGUUAAAUGGGUUCUUCAUUUUGCAAUUUUGGUGAGUGUUUAGGUCAUCAUUCAUAUACAAUUUAUGUCAGAUCUUCUUAGGGUUAGUUUUCUACAAAUACAUAAUCGCAAGUAAGCUGGAAGUUGCAUAUCUGAAAGCAAGCCGAGUUUAAUUUGAGAUUCGUGCCAGUAUUCUCUUUUAGUCUACAAAAUUAUUAUUUGCUGAAUGUGUAGUUGGAAUACAUUAUUCUCUUUUGACAUGGCAGUUGCAUUUGGUUUGUUAUUUACCCAUGUCGUCUAUGCUGAAUUUAUCUCAGCCGCCCAUCUUUGAUUGGAGCUUUCUGAUUUUAAUGUACCUCGAUUUGAUUUACUUUUGUUGCAUCAGUGACAUUUGGGACCAUAUUUCUCUCGAUAUCCUAUGCGUACACAAUCUUGUUUCAA